UCUAAGAAGCAGAAAGAAGCAGAAGCAUCAUCACAGUCUGCAUAGAGCAUCCCAGACCCAGACAAGUGCAGAGAGACUGUGAUGUCUAAACACAACGAGAUACUUCUUGACUGACUAUAAAAGACUUUUUAAGAAAAGCAAAUUAGAUUCUAAACUGCUACAAUGACCCAGGGAAAGGUAUCAGUGACAAACAAGUCGAGCAAUGGCUCAGAUGUCCAGACAAUGGCCUCAGCUCCUCCAAGUUAUGCAGAUGCAACUGCUGAAGGUGGAAGUCCAUGUUACAGUGGAGCUUACACUGGUGAUGGUGAGAUGCUCACAGAGUUCAGCUGGGAUGACCAAAACAUCAGGAGGAUAUUCAUCCGCAAGGUGUACAGCAUCCUGAUGCUCCAGCUCUCUGUAACAGCUGCCUUUGUGGCCCUUUUUGUUUUCUGUGAACCAGUGAAAAAUUACAUUCAGGCUAAUCCUGGCUGGUACUGGGCAUCAUAUGCAGUGUUUUUUGUCACGUUCCUGACUCUGUCCUGCUGCCGUGGACCUCGGAGGAAGUUUCCAUGGAACCUGAUUCUGCUCGGAAUCUUCACUCUGUCUCUUUCCUUCAUGACAGGGAUGUUGUCCAGCUACUACAACACUAAGUCUGUAAUCAUCUGCCUGGGUAUUACUGCCUUAGUGUGUCUUGCUAUUACCAUCCUUAGCUUCCAAACCAAGAUGGAUAUCACUUCAUGCCAAGGUGUGCUGUUAGUCUUCUGCACAGCAAUGUUCAUUUGUGGGCUUUUCCUGGCAGUUAUCCUGCCCUUUGGAUAUGUUCCAUGGUUGCAGGUUGUUUAUGCUGCUUUGGGAGCAAUACUGUUCUGCAUGUUCCUGGCUGUUGACACACAGAUGCUGAUGGGGAGCAAGCAUUACUCCAUAAGUCCAGAGGAAUACAUCUUUGCCACCCUCAGCAUAUACCUGGACAUAGUUUACAUUUUCUCCUUCUUUCUCCAGUUAUUUGGAACUCCUGAUCGGGAGUGAACGUGCUUUUUAACCGGAAGCUGUUACAGCUCUCUUGAGGUGCACCGCCCCCCCCCCGACUUUCUUUUGUGUCCCUGGUCAGAGAUAUCCUCUCCAGCAUGAUGUGAUCUCCAGUGCACACUGUUUUGUGUGAAGCUCCUCACCUCAGCUUUUUCCUGCUACGAUGUGCUACACAUUUAUCCUAUAGCGUGAAGGAGGUCUUCCAUUGCAUAUGCAAACAUAAGUGCACUGGUUCAACUGACAACAUCCAUCUAGUUGUACAA